CACACCUCCGGAGGAGGUUCCAGGAGGCGGACGCGCGGCUCUGAUUGCUCCCACACAACCUUCCACUCUCGGCCGGCGGCGGCGGCUCUCUGGCGUGGGUGUCCGUGAUGGGCAGCUCGGUUCGCGCGGCUGCCCUCCUGGCUCUGCUGGUGCUGUCCAUCCUGCUGUCGCUGUUGAUCAGCAGCCUUCAGCAGUUCGGAUCCAAAACAUCGCGCUUUUCCAACGCGCCCAGUGAUGAAGAGAAGAAGUCGCUGUUGAACCAGCAACUGAACGCGAGGCGCAGCGAGAUUCUACCGCUUCUACCUCAUGACUUCCAAACUUUUCAUCCGGACCUGGACCCCGAGGUGGAAGCGCGGCUGUGGACCGAGCUCGCGCGUGGCUCCUCGGCGACCUUAGGUUGCGGCUCUCUGGUGGACAUGCAGGCUCAAGAGGUCCUCGGCUCUGGUUACACCAAGCUGGUGGUGAAAGUGAGUCUGGCCGGGGGUCAACCCGCGGCUCUGAAGCUGGUCAACGAGAAGGGCAUCGACAUGGGCAAGUGUUUGGAGGAGUUCCAGGACCCGCACGGCUGCAGAGAGCUGGUGUCCUACAAGCUGAAGAAGGAGAUGGUUCUGUUCCAGAGACUGCAGCAUCCAAACAUCAUCCAGCUCAAGGGUCACUGCUCAGGAGAAGCAGGAGGAAGAGUGACGGUCAUUCUGGAGCAGGGGAACCCUCUCCAGAUGAUCCAGCUGCUGCAGAGUCCCUGGGAGGACCGAUUCAGGGUGUGUCUGGACCUGGCCCGGCUGCUCCACUUCCUGUCUCGGUCUCCGCUGGGGUCGGUGGCUCUGCUGGACUUCCAGCCUCGCCAGUUUGUCACAGUGUCCGGUUCCCUGAAGCUCACAGACCUGGACGACGCGAGCGCCAGAGAGACGACGUGUCGCACCGACGCCGACUGCCUGCUGCAGUUUCCGCACAGGAAUUUCACCCUGCCCUGCUCGGCACGAGGCAUGUGCGAGGGUCUGAACGAGAAGAUGAACAUUUACAACGCCUACAGGUAUUUCUUCACCUACCUGCUGCCUCACCAGGCCCCGCCCGGACUCACACACCUGGUGGACCAAAUCAUGAACUCCACAGGGGAGCUGAAAGCUGAUAUCAACCAGACACUGGAGGCCUUUGAACGCAUCCUGCUCCUCUACCAGUCUGGCCUGCACCUGGACAACCUGCCUCCAUCUAUAACCAAAGAUUACACAGUGAUGCGAGGAAUGGCGACGUCUGGGAAUGUGGAGUAUCGCUGCUGGCCUUCCUACAGCCAGCAGGGCUGCGUGCUGUCGGUCCACAGCGCCAAAGAGGCUGCGCACAUAUGCAACUCACACUCUCAGUGCACCAGCUUCACCCUGAGCGGACAGAAGACGUGGACAGGUCGACUGCUCGCGUCCUUCAGGAGCAACUUCAGUCAGCUGGUGUCGGACGACUCGUCGGACGUGUACGUGAGGCAGAGGAAGUUGUGAGAGGAGAGGUCGGCAGUGAGACCAUAUGUCGUCAUGGCCUCCUCCUCCUCGGCAGCUCUAGCUGGACGCAGAGGACAUUUGAAGUGAGGCUAGUGAAUGUGAUGUAUUUAUGGGGCUUCUGCUCGCUGACUGUUUGAUGUCCCUGCCAGCCCACCGCUUUUGCCAACUAGCAUUUAAAGGGAUUUCCCUUCAGGUACAAUUAAGGGGGGAGAGCCUUGUGGUCUCGACAUGCUUCUCUCCCGCCUCUACCUUGUCUUUAUCCACCAUGUUUUUGUAGCGAGGCCUGGUCCCUGUGGUCGAAGUCGCAAGAACCGCCGCCGUGGAUCAAAGCGAAACCAAGCUCUUAUGCAAAUACACUUUUAUGUUAACAGUCUGUUGUUGUUCCUGUUCCGCCGUGUUUUUCGGGCUUAAGCUCACGAGACUCUGGCAAUGCAUGAGCAGAGGUGACUGAAACCAUUCCAGAACUCUUUUUUUUUUCCUUUUUUUACUUAACUGUGCAUUGUUGUUUAUGUGCACCUUGUGGGUGAAACCUCCUUAUUUUCAAUGAAAAAUGUUUGAUACGUCACAUGCUUUAACUGUACAGUCAAAGUGUCAUUUUAUAAAUGUUUUGU